ACGUUCAGUGCAGAAAAAAUACACAAUCCGACCCUGGCAAAAUACAAUCAGCUGUUUGUAAUGACAGUUCUCUGACAAAUACAAAAUGGUUGAAAACUAAAGUUGGCAAACAAAGAAAGGCAGCGUAAUAGCGUUAUUUGGCGUUUAAAACGUUUUUUAAGGUGAAAAGUGUAUUAAAAUAGUGCGUGUGAAGUGUUUAGUGCACAAUGUUGGAUCUGGAGAUCAUCCCGGAGCGGUCCUUGGGCUGCGACGCCUGGGAGUUCGUUUUAGGAAUGCAUUUCUCUCAGUCAGUGGCCAUUAUACAGAGUCAAGUGGGCACAAUAAGAGGAGUACAAGUACUAUAUAGUGAUCAGAAUCCCCUAAACGUAGACCUAGUGAUAAAUAUGCCUCAGGACGGCAUUCGGUUCAUAUUCGACCCGGUCGCCCAACGGCUCAAGAUCAUAGAGAUAUACAACAUGAAACUAGUUAAGCUUAGGUAUAGCGGCAUGUGUUUCAACUCGCCAGAGAUAGCGCCAUCUAUCGAGCAGGUGGAGCAUUGUUUCGGCGCCACGCACCCCGGCCUCUACGACUCGCAGAGGCACUUGUUCGCGCUCAACUUCCGGGGGCUGUCGUUUUAUUUCCCCGUCGAUAGCAAAUUUGAGCCUGGCUAUGCGCACGGCCUCGGCUCGCUCCAGUUCCCGAACGGCGGGUCGCCCGUCGUCGCCAGAACCACCAUAUACUACGGAUCUCAGCAUCAGGCUAGCAGCAGCGUCGGAGCGGCCAUAGGCGCGCCGCUACCGCCGCUACCACUCUCCUGCUACCGGCAGCAGCUGCACCUGCGGCGCUGUGACGUGCUGCGCUCGCCGCAGACCACGAGGGGGCUGAGACUACACAUGUUCACUGAAGGCACGUCCCGCGCGCUGGAGCCGGUGCAACUGGCGCUGUGCCGCGUGGUGCGGUUCGGGGACUCGUGCCAAGCCGUGGCGCGCGCGCUGGGCGCGCCGGCGCGACUGUACUACAAGCAUGACGACAAGAUGCGCAUCCACCGCCCGCCGCAGCGCCGCGCCAGGCACGCGCCACCCGCGACUGACUACUUCUUCAACUACUUCACCCUGGGAUUGGACAUCCUGUUCGAUGCGAGCACGCACCAGGUGAAGAAGUUCGUGCUGCACACCAACUAUCCCGGGCAUUACAACUUCAACAUGUACCAUCGAUGCGAAUUCGAACUCGCCGUGCAACCAGACAAAUGCGAGCCGAACUCCCUAGUAGACAGCGUGGGCGCCGUCAAUAUCACCGCGUAUUCCAAGUGGGAGUCCGUGUCGCGGGCGCUCCGCGUGUGCGAGCGCCCCGUCGUGCUCAACCGGGCCUCUAGCACCAACACCACCAACCCGUUCGGGUCCACGUUCUGCUACGGGUACCAGGACAUCAUAUUUGAGGUGAUGUCGAACAACUACAUCGCGUCGAUAACGCUGUACCAGCCCGAAGGCGGCCGGCCCGCCUUCGCCGUCAACUCAAUCGCGUGACACAAUCAGGUUUCCCCAAGCAAAGGCUUGUACACAUCGUGAACUACUUCAGUUGCCAGCCUUUACAAUCCUCCACUACUUAGUGUGGCAACACCGUUGCCGCGCGCUGCGAAGCAAUCACAACAUAUCCCCAACAUAAAGCACCUAAGAGGAAACAGUAUUGAAAAAAAAAUGUGAUAAAAACUGUGAAAAAAAAAACUAAAAAAAGUUAAGUGAGUGACAGAUCUCAGAUGGUGUGCAUAAGUCUUAUUUAAUUCCUUGGAAAUAGUAACGUUUUUUAUUUCUCGACAUAGAAGGACGUGUAAGUAAUUAGUCAAAUUUGUUUUUUUUUUUAUGAAUUCUGAAUCAUGAUAAUUAGCAUUAGGCUGUUGUAAAUACUUUUUGAAAAUAUGGUAAAAUUAAGAAAUCAUAAAUCAAUGUAUUUUUUCUAAAAAAAGGUGAUUUUGAAAGGCGUUUGCUAUUGCGUGUGGGAGAAAAAAAUUGUAAAAAAAAUAUUUUUCUUAUGACAACACCACAAUAUGCCAUGGAUGUUUUUUUUUGUAAUUUUUAUGGUUUUAAUUAUUGAUAAAUGUGUAAGGAUUAUAAGUAAUGUGCCUCACUAUGACGUUAUUUAUUUAUGUGUUCGUAUUUUCAUUUUUUUAUAUUGUCUUGCUUUUCGAUUUCGUUAAUAGUUUAUAUGAAUCGAAGAGUUAAGCUUAAAUCUAAAACCUUCCUAGUCUACAAUUUUAAAUAAAAAAAAUUCUUUGGCUUAUGCCAAUUUUUUAUUUAUUUAAAACUUUAGAAUCAGGUCGAUUAAAUAUAAUUUUAAAUAU